AGGACGGGAAUGUGGUGUGAUGUAGCAGAUGGAAUGGUGGAGCUUGGUUUUGUGUUGCAAUCAUUGAUGGGAAUUAUAUACAAACAUUUGUAAGAGAUGUUUGAGAUAUUAUAUUUUAUGUGGCAAACGUAGAACUUGUUAACUUGAAGCAAUGAGAUCAGGUGUGUGGGUGAGGCGUGAGGAAAGUAGGAAGUUUCUUGAAUUUUUUGUUUUAGUACAAGGGAAGAGUGCUUUUGCCUUUUCGCAGUUCAUAAAUGUAAAAGGACGGGUGAAUGCAGGAAUGAUAUUAAGGAUUGUGUUGCGAUCAAGCUGCUAAGCUCGUUUCUCCUACCUGGUAGCUUUUUACCAGUUAGGCAAUGAUGAGGCGUUACUGUUAAUUGGUUGCUCAGCAAGCCAAGGGUUAAGGAGUAAGAACGAGAAAAAGCAAAUGCAAGGAAACAAAAUUAGAAGCAGCAGGUUUAGUGGGGGCGUGGAGCUACGAGACCCGAUGCCCGGCAGAGACGAAGAGAAGACACGAUCACAAACUCUAGCACUUAAUCCUCCUAACAAAAACAUACUAAUACUCGUAGGACAGUGUUGUCUAUAAAAAUAUGUAGUUAUGGUUGGAGGGGUUUUUUUUUUUUUGGUUCAAAUUCAAUGCUUUCAGUUUCAGAUUAAGAGGAAAUUUUAUACUUGAUGAAUGUGAUGUGUACCACUGCUACAGACUGUGUAGCGGCCCCGAAAUGGUUUAAUAAAUUACUCUUGCUAUACUGAUAAAACUAAAACUAAAACUAAAUUUUCUUUGAAAAAAAAAAAGACAUUGGCGUCUUUGAGUCAUCGUCCAGUCUGGGUCACAUGCACGCAGAGAGGAGACUUGAAGAGACAUACUUAAGAUUGGAUAUAUCAGAAUUCGAUUCUGAUCUGAAUUGAAGCAGCAGAUCCAUGAAACCCUCCUAUUCCCUGUGUUCCGCGUAGGCUCUCAACAAGUCUCUCUCCGCUUCCUUAAUAUAUAUAAUCAUAGUUAUUGGCUAGUAGUGAAGUGUAUUUAUUAUUGUAUUUGGAUUUUGAUGGCUUCCUCUGGGAUUCCCGAUCCACAACCACAAGGUGGGGUUGUCGGUAGAGGUGGAGGUGGAGGUGGAGGCGGAGGAUUCGAUAUGAACAAGCUGUUCAAGCCCUCUUCCAGCCCUAUGCUGCAUCAUCAUCAUCAUCAUCAAAACAUAAACUUAACAGCGACUCCUCCAAGUCCAAGUCCUAACACCAACAACCUGACCACAUCCCCUUCGUUCCCAACCCAACCAUCCACACCUCAUCCUCCCUAUCUGACGCCUUCCUCGUCUUAUCCUCCUCCGACUGGGCCCUACCCUUUCCACCACCCUCACUACCUUCCCUAUCCUCCUCAACACCAACAACCCUUGCAUCCUCAUCCUCUUCAUCAUCAGCCACCACUUAAUAUCAAUCGACCGUUUCUUUAUCAAGCCCAAUCCCAGCCCUCCCCACCUGCCACUCCUACUUCCGGAAACGACCUUUUGAUGGCCUUUUUUGGCACGCCUACUCAAACUCAAUCGCAAUCUCCUGCUCCUCUUCCUUCUGCCCCACCUCUUAAUAUGAAUGUUACCUCAUCUGCCCCUUCUCCCUCUCCCCUCCGACUGUUGAGCAGCAAGGUCCCCAAGGGCAGGCAUCUUUUUGGCACCAAUCUCCUUUAUGAUAUUCAUGUCAGGCUGCCGGGUGAAGUUCAGCCCCAACUCGAGGUCGCUCCCAUUACCAAGUAUGCUUCUGAUCCUGGCCUUGUUCUUGGUCGUCAGAUUGCUGUUAAUAGGAAUUAUAUUUGCUAUGGUCUCAAGCUUGGGAAUAUCCGUAUCCUCAACAUCAAUACCGCCCUCCGAUCCUUGCUUCGUGGCCACACUCAGAGAGUAACAGACAUGGCUUUUUUUGCCGAGGAUGUCCACCUUCUGGCCAGUGCAAGUGUUGAUGGCCGGGUUUUUGUAUGGAAGAUCAAUGAAGGUCCUGAUGACGAAGAUAAGCCACAAAUUUUUGGCAAAGUUGUUUUGGCCAUUCAGAUUGUCGGACAAGAAGAAUUAAUACAUCCACGAGUCUGCUGGCAUCCUCACAAACAAGAGAUUUUGAUGGUUGCUAUUGGAAAUCGUAUCCUGAAAAUUGAUACCAUGAAAGUAGGAAAAUUGGAAGGGUUUACAGCCGAUGAACCUCUUAAUUGCUCUGUUGAUAAGCUUAUUGAUGGUGUUCAAUUUGUUGGUAAACAUGAUGCUGAGAUUACUGAGUUGUCAAUGUGCCAAUGGUUGACCACCCGUUUAGCUUCAGCAUCAGUAGAUGGCAUGGUGAAAAUUUGGGAAGAUCGUAAGGCCUUACCACUUGCAGUGUUGAGACCACAUGAUGGUCAUCCUGUUAACUCAGCAACAUUCUUGACUGCCCCACAUCGCCCUGAUCACAUUGUUCUUAUAACUGGAGGCCCACUAAACUGUGAAGUGAAGAUAUGGGCCUCUGCAAGUGAGGAGGGCUGGUUGUUGCCCAGUGAUGGUGAGUCAUGGCAGUGUAUCCAGACAUUGGAAUUGAGGAGUUCUGCAGAGUCCAAGGUUGAGGAUGCAUUCUUUAAUCAAGUUGUGGCACUGCCCCGUGCAGGAUUGCUUCUGCUUGCAAAUGCCAAGAAGAAUGCUAUAUAUGCUGUACACAUAGACUAUGGGCUUAAUCCAGCAGCAACCCACUUGGAUUACAUAGCUGAGUUCACUGUUACAAUGCCUAUAUUGAGUCUCACUGGAACAAGUGAUAAUUUACCAGGUGGAGAACAUACUGUGCAGGUCUACUGUGUUCAAACACAGGCUAUUCAGCAAUAUGCUCUGGACUUGUCUCAAUGCCUGCCACCAACCCUGGAAAACAUAGAGUUGGAGAAAACAGAUUCCAAUGUUGCUUGCGUUUUUGAUGCCAUGAACUCUGAUGGUUCUGCCUCUCUGGAAUUAUCGCAUGGAUUUAAACCAACUGAGGUGACUCUAAGCUCCUCAAUUCCAAUGUCACUUAUACACUCCAGCAGCUCUGAAAGUGCCGCCAUGGCAAGCCGUCCGCAAAAAUUGCCUUCUUCUGAGGUUACCUCCAUAUCUGAGAGUGCUGUGUCAGCAAUGGAAAGUAAACCAAGUGCUUUGCCUUUUCAUAGUAGUGCCGAAAAAAUGCAAAAUGCAUCACCUUCGCUUCCAUUAAGUCCAAGGUUCUCACAAAAGCCAUCUGGUUUUAGAAGUCAAUCAAGUGCAGAUCAUCCUGGCAACCACUCAGCACAUGAUCAUUCUGUUGACCAUAGAGAAGAUGCUAUCAAAGAGAAUAAGGUUGAUAUCCCCUCCUCAGGUGACAACUUGCAGAAAGAUGAAGAUAUUGCCCAAAAUGACAUUUCAAUGAUUCCUGAUCCUCCUGCAGUGUUCAAGCAUCCAACUCAUCUGGUAACACCAUCAGAGAUAUUAUCUAUUGUGGAUUCAUCUUCACAAAAUGCACAGAUUAGUCAGGAUAUUAAUGUAGGCAAGGCAACAGUCCAAGAUGUGGUUGUCAAGAAUGAUGCUGAAAGUGUGGAGGUAGAAGUUGAAGUUGUUGGUGAUACAAAAUUUGGUCAAACUAGUCAAACUGAAUGUCCACAAGACUCUCAUACUACUGUUUCAGAUAACAAAGAAAAGGCCUUCUACUCUCAGGCAUCAGACCUUGGCCUUCAGAUGGCCAGAGAUUUUUGUGCAGAAAAUUAUUAUAUUGAGGGGGCUCAACAAGCUAUUGAUGUUGGUGUUGCAGGACAAGACAGACCUACUAAUGCUGGUGAUGGGGAAGACCAGAAUGUGAUGAAAAAUUUCCCUCCAAAGGUUGGUGAAUCAGACACUGCCAACACUGUUUCACCAUCUCUAGCUUCUGCUAAAGGGAAAAAGCAGAGGGGGAAAAAUUCUCAAGUAUCUGGCCCAUUUUCACCUUCAGCGAGCCCCUAUAAUUCCACAGAUUCAUCUAAUGAACCAGGUUGUAGUUCUGGGACAAUGUCAGCUGAUGCUGUUUUUCCCCAUUUGCUGGCUAUGCAGGAUGUGCUUGAGCAGUUAGUCAGCAUGCAAAAGGAAAUGCAGAAGCAGAUGAAUUCAAUUGUCUCUGCUCCAGUUAACAAAGAAGGAAAGAGACUGGAGGCAUCCUUGGGCAAGAGCAUUGAGAUGGUUAUAAAGGCCAACACAGAUGCUUUAUGGGCUCGUUUUCAAGAUGAGAAUGCAAAACAUGAGAAGUUAGAAAGAGACCACAUGCAGCAGAUAACAAAUUUGAUCACCAACUGUAUGAAUAAGGACUUGCCAGCCAUGUUUGAGAAAUCCUUAAAGAAGGAAAUAGCCACAGUUGGCCCUCUUCUAGCUCGUGCUAUUACUCCCACUCUGGAAAAAAGCAUAUCUUCUGCUAUUACAGAGUCAUUCCAGAAAGGAGUAGGAGAGAGGGCAGUGAAUCAACUAGAGAAGUCAGUCAGUUCAAAACUCGAAGCUACAGUGGCCAGGCAAAUCCAAGCACAAUUUCAAACUUCUGGAAAGCAAGCACUUCAGGAUGCACUGAGGUCUAGCUUGGAAUCUUCCAUUAUUCCUGCAUUUGAGAUCUCAUGCAAAUCAAUGUUUGAGCAAAUUGAUGUCACAUUUCAGAAAGGGCUGAUAAAACAUACAACUGCUGCUCAGCAGCAGUUUGAGAAUGCACAUUCUUCCCUUGCUGUUACUCUAAGGGAUGCUAUUAAUUCAGCAACUUCAAUCACACAGACCAUAAGUGGAGAAUUGGCUGAUGGGCAAUGUAAACUUCUAGCUAUAGCAGCUGCAGGUGCCAACUCGAAGGCAGGAAAUCCCUUGGUGACAGAGUUGAGUAAUGGACCAUUAGCUCAUCUGCUAGAGAUGCCUGAGGCACAAGUGGAUCCAACAAAAGAACUCGCAAGAAUGAUAGCUGAGCAGAAAUAUGAUGAAGCGUUCACUGCAGCCUUGCACAGAAGUGAUGUCUCGAUAGUUUCCUGGUUGUGUUCUCAGGUGGAUCUACAAGGGAUUUUGUCAAUGAAACCAUGCCCACUGAGCCAAGGAGUUUUGCUGGCUCUUUUCCAGCAACUGGCUUGUGAUAUCAAUAAGGAAACAUCUAGAAAGCUGGCAUGGAUGACUGAUGUAGCUGUUGCCAUAAACCCCUCCGAUCCAAUGAUUGCCGUGCAUGUGCUACCCAUCUUUAGGCAGGUGUGUCAGAUAGUGGAUCAUUAUCUGCAAAGCUUGCCCAGUAGUACAUCUGCAUCAGAAUCUGCCAGCAUCCGUGUUCUUAUGUUUGUCAUAAACAGUGUGUUGAGCUGUAAGUAAAUGAUUAUUGCCUCCUGCCCUCAUUGUCUUAAUAUUUUGUGCAAAUUUGUUUGAACAUUUGGUUUUGUAUAAAAAUGUAGGAACUUCCAUUGGGAUUAUAUCAUAAAUUCAGUUGUAUGGUUUCAAUUCGUUUGAAGUAGUUAAAGUUCUUGAUGUUCUUAGGAUUCUUCUCUUUUGCGACGACUGAGGUGUGCUCCUUCAAAGGAUUCCUACCUCCUGCUUAGUGUGGAAAAUGUGAAAUAAAUAAAAAAUAAAGAGGUUGAUGAUUUAGCAGAAGUGGAUUGGGAGGCGGUUCCUGUUGGACAGGUUAUAUGUAAGAACUAAUCUAUGGUAGUGAUGAGAUGAUUGAAGUUUGAA